GUGCGCUCUCAUUUCUGCCACCACAACGUUUUAUCGACCUCGCCGGGAAGGUCAUUCGGGUUGUCAUGUCGGGCGACACGGUAUCGCUGUACCUCGACUCCCAGAUCCGGGACUGGGUGUUGUUUCCCAUUACCCUUGUUAUGAUAUUGGUUGGUGUACUACGACACUACAUAGUAUUACUUCUCCAGUCCGCACCUAAGAAACAACCAAAGGAAGUCAUUCGUGAACAACGUGCCCUCGUUCGCUCUCAAAUCCUCCGCGCGACAGCAAGCAGCUCGCCCAUACCCCCAACUUACUACAAAUCUAUAUCACAGUAUCUCUCGCAAGCGUUCGCAGAUGGGACCUAUCUCAAGGAUGGACCACCACAAGGCGACGCACCCACUACACCUCCAAACCCUUUGACCGACCCUGCUGCUAUGGACGGUAUGAUGGCUGGAAUGAAAACUCAAAUGGUCAUGAUGGUUCCGCAGAUGGUCAUUAUGGGCUGGAUCAACUUCUUUUUCCAAGGCUUCGUCCUCAUUAAGUUGCCAUUCCCCUUGACCUUGGGGUUUAAAUCAAUGCUGCAACGUGGUAUAGAAACACCUGACAUGGACGUCCGUUGGGUAUCCUCGUUAUCUUGGUACUUCUUGAAUUUCUUCGGGUUGAACGGUCUAUACCGGCUCAUUCUCGGUAACGAAAAUGCUGCUGAUUCCUCGCGAGACAUGAGCACGCCAUUCGCGGCUGCUGCCGCUCCUCAACCUGGACAGGCGCAAGACUACAACAAGCUAUUUAAAGCGGAACGAGACAACUUGGAAUUCUCGGAAGGAUUGCAUUCCUGGGUGGCAAAGGAUGCAGAUACUCGUAUACUUCAGAAGUACGGAAGACCCAUUCCAACCUCAUAGUGUAGAGGGUACGGUGGGUAUGUAUUUAUGUAGAGAAUGCAGAUGCAUCUCCAAGUGUUGCUACAAUGGAAACCUACUGAAACAUCAUAGGUACAUCUACCAUCUACACGCUAAGUGCGGUACAUUAAGGUUAUACAGUGGUGGUAUUGUACCUCC